AUGGCAACGCAUGGCGAGUCAUCGUCAACGGGUCCCUCGUUGUCGACAACUAGCGCGGCUUCCCACAUCACAACUGUCACUAUCCUGACCCCAGAACAGGCCCCAACUUCCAGUAUUUUGUGUCAUUUCAGCCGAAGUCAAGUAGCUCUUGCCUUUGCUAUCGAGAGAUCGCGCCCUGAGGGUGUAUCUACCAUUGAAUACUGCCAGAGACUACGCAAACGAAUCAAUACUGGUCGAAAUAUAUCAAACAAAGAACAUCGCUAUGUUGAUAGUUCCGAUUUCUGGAAAGACGAGUACAAUACAAUUUAUCUGGAGAAAAAGAAUCUUGAGGAUAAAGUCCAUCGAUUGGAGGAAGAACUACGCCUGAGAAGGGAAACUACUAUUCAAGAAAAUUCCCUGGAUUCACAAGCACGAUCUUCCAUUGUACGACAAUUAGUGGCCCAAUCCAGUACUUCAACUAGUGAUGCAUCGAAGAAACGCCAGUUGCCUCACGACUUGGAGAUACUACCUAGGGCGCCAUCGAAUGUAGAUACCAUGGAGACAUCACCGGCUGAUAACAACCUUCUCCGUAUGAGCAGCUACGCCCUCAGAAUCAGCCGCGAGCGCAGUAAUCUAGAGAAGAUCGCGCAAAAUUUAGAUCCCAGUAAUCUCCAGGUUGCUAUUGCACACAGCCGAGAAUUUCUUCUACUAGUUGACACGGCUAUCACCGAAUGUUGCAUACCUUUACAGUAUUUAAAGACAAACACCAAGGACGCCCACACUCUUCAUAUUCUUCAACAACUAAUGCAGCAAGUCAGUCUAGCGGUCCAAAUCUCCUUCGACUUCUUGAAUGUGUUAUGCCGAACAAUUGCGGGCCGAGAAAAGAGAAACCAUGUCGUAUAUCGAAUCGCCGUGUUUUUCGACAAGGCGUUGGGCCUUCUACAGCAACUUUCUAACAUGCAAGCUGCCUAUGAAAAUAAACGAGGAAGUCACAUAUCACUACGCGAGCCUUGCUUAGAGGAGGGCGUAGAGUAUGCUGUCAAUAAGUAUUUGGCAGGAGCCCUCUCGUCAACUAUAUCGAACCUCAAGUGGGAGGUCGGCAAGCCAGGACAUCGCCCUGUUCUAGAAGGGAUUCUAUACGCUGUAUUAAAACAGACUGGCCGUCUAGUCUCCGAAGCCAUUUUCCAGGAGCAUGUAGGGUCAUCGAAAAACCCAGGCAACAUUACGGAGAUGUCGGUUGGGUCUGAUAGCAACACGGCGAGUUUGGAAUCUCGGUAUAUUGUGCAGAUUCUCUACGUCGCUCUUGGCGGUUCAGCAAGGAAAGGCUUGGUUGCUGAAGUUCUUGCAUCCGAAAACUCGCCCCGCACUCAGAGGCAACACAACACCUCAAGUUUGUUGUUCAGAGAGACGAAUCGCAUCCAGAAUAUGUUAGUUAAAAGCGCUAUUGGCGGAGAUGAGUUCGAGAGUCUCAAAUUUCCUGCUUCGCCUAUAGAAAAUAUUGACAUCCCCAUUAUCCCCAAUACCGAUAUAGUACCUUACGGGCCGGUUUGGUUUAUUGAAAGGGUAUGGACUAUGGUCGGAUGGGAUAUGGCCGUUUGA